UUUCUCCUUCUCCUUUCUGUUUUGGCGGGCGGGCGGGAGUCUCCCUGCCAUGACUGCGCCGAGGGAGCCUGAGAGAACAUGAGCCGCCGCGGCGAGGGCGAAUUCCUGAACUGCCGCCUUUCUCCCCGCGCCGCCGCCGAGACCAUGAGGGGGCUGGCGCUGCUCGCGUUGCCUCUCUUGCUGUGCCUGGGCGAGGUAGCAGUUGCUGCUGAUUGCGUUAAUGAAUGUGGAUCUGUAAAUGUAACCGUAUCAGAAACAGAAAUACAUAUCCAGCCACCUGACAACCAUACAAUAAGUAAUGUAACUUUCACAAAUGGAACAAGUGCUGGAGUGCAACCAUUUAAUACUACAGUAUCUGGACUUCAACCUGGCACGCAGUACAAAGUGACUUUUGAGAUUUCUGCUGCAAAAUCAUGCUGCAAAAUCAUUACAACAAAACCCAGCCCAGUUUUUGACAUCAGCCUUGAAAACCGCAGUAAUUCAACAGUAACUUUAAAGUGGAACAGUAGCGAUCCGAAUGCUUCCAAAUACACUUAUCGGAUACUAAUAGAAGGAACUGAUCCUCCCAGGAAUGAAACUUCUGACACCAACAGUGCAGUAAUUGGGGGCUUGGAACCUGGAACAUUGUAUACAUUCACAAUAUUUCCACAAGUUGAUAAUGGUACAAUUGAAGGAGAACCAAAUCAUACAACUGUUUAUACCAGGCCCAAUCCAGUUUUUGGCAUCCAGGUUGAAAACCUCAAUGACACAGGAGUAACUUUAAAGUGGAACAACCCAAAUGAUUCCAACUACACUUAUAGGAUACUAAUAGAAGGAACUGAUCCUCCCAGGAAUGAAACUUCUGACACCAACAGUGCAGCCAUUGGGGACUUGAAACCUGGAACAUUGUACACAUUCAGAAUAUACUCACAAGUCGACAAUGGUACAGUUGAAGGAGAACCAGAUACUACAAUUGUUUAUACAAAGCCCAGCCCAGUUUUUGAUAUCAUUCUUGAAAACCGCAGUAGUUCAACAAUAACUUUGAAGUGGAACAAUAGUGAUCCGAAUGCUUCUAACUACACUUAUCGGAUACUAAUAGAAGGAACUGAUCCUCCCAGGAAUGAAACUUCCAACAACACCAGUGCAGUAAUUGGGGACUUGAAACCUGGAACAUUGUAUACAUUCACAAUAUUCCCACAAGUUGAUAAUGGUACAACUGAAGGAGAACCAAAUGCUACAAGUGUUUAUACAAAGCCCAACCCAGUUUUUGACAUCAGCCUAGAAAACCGCAGUAAUUCAACAGUGACUUUAAAGUGGAACAGUAGCGAUCCGAAUGCUUCCAACUACACUUAUCGGAUACUAAUAGAAGGAACUGAACCUCCCAGGAAUGAAACUUCUGACACUAACAGUGCAGUAAUUGGGGACUUGGAACCUGGAGCAUUGUAUACAUUCACAAUAUUCCCACAAGUUGAUAAUGGUCUAAUCGAAGGAGAACCAAAUGCUACAAGUGUUUAUACAACACCCAGCCCGGUUUUUGACAUCAGCCUUGAAAACCGCAGUAAUUCAACAGUAACUUUAAAGUGGAACAGUAGCGAUCCGAAUGCUUCCAACUACACUUAUCGGAUACUAAUAGAAGGAACUGAUCCUCCCAGGAAUGAAACUUCUGACACCAACAGUGCAGUAAUUGGGGAACUGGAACCUGGAACAUUGUAUACAUUCACAAUAUUCCCACAAGUUGAUAAUGGUACAAUUGAAGGAGAACCAAAUCAUACAACUGUUUAUACUAAGCCCAGUCCUGUCUCUGGCUUCGAUGUCGUUGAUAUUGGCACAGUGAACGUAACCUUAAGAUGGGAAGACAAUGACGCUGCUUCUUCAGGGUACACUUACAUAGUAUUGUAUGUACAAAAUCAAGUGGAAAUGAAUGUGACAUCACAAUACACGAACGUUACCAUUCAAGGACUUGUACCAGGCACCCUCUAUCGCUUUACUGUAUUUCCACGAGCAGCAGACAACCUCACUACAGGGGACCCGCAAACCAUAGACAGGUACACAGCUCCCAGCUCAGUCACCAGCAUCAGAGUUACAGAUGUCAGUACAACAACGGUCAACAUAACAUGGGAGAAUCUUGAUGCAGCUUCUCCAGAGUACACCUACAGGAUACAGAUUGGUGGUGAAGCUAUUGUGGACAAGAUAUUCCCAACUACAAAUGCUGAAAUUUCAGAGCUAACUCCUGGGACCGAUUAUACAUUCAGCAUUUAUUCAGUAGCAGGGUAUAAUCAAACCGAAGGGAGACCAGGCAGCAUAAGUAAAUGUACAGAUGCUGCAAGAGUGGAGGUGUUGAACUGCAUGCAAGUCGCCAAGCAGCCAAAAUUGAUUCUAAACUGGUCUAAUCCAAAGGGAAGGUUUGCUGACUUUGGAGUUGACAUCUUAAAUAGUAGUUGGGGCAGUAAAAAUAUAUCAGAAAACCAUACCACAGUAACAGAUUUGAACUACUAUACCAACUACACUGUUAGAAUUGUCACACAUUCGUGUGGGAAAGAUAGCCAUCCUCAGGAAAAAAUAUGUACCACAAGUAUUGGCGACCCUCCAUUACCACUUACAGCCCCUACCAUUGUGGGAACCAGUCACAACUCCUUGACAGUUCAGUUCAGUAGCUUUAAUGCAAGCCAUGGACCUUUAGUAGCAUAUGCAGUAAUAGUCACAUCAAAAGAUGUAGUCCCUACAGAGGCCUUGAAAUAUACCUACGACGAUUUCAUGAAUCGGGGAGCAGAUGCUUAUGUUGCAUUUGUCAAAGAUGUGCAAAAGCGUUCCUCUUCCUCCUCCAACCAUGAGCAGCAUAAUAUUGAAAUAGGAGACGGAUCCAUAACACAUGGUUAUUUCAGUGGGAAGUUAAUCCCACUUCAUUCAUACAGGGUAUGUGUUGCUGGUUUUACUCGCAUUGAGUAUUUGAAUCACACCAUCAACGUAAAUGAGAGUUAUGUCUCCCUUUCAAAAAUUUCAGAUGCUGUUGUCUUACCUCAAGAUCCAGCUGUCAUCACAGGAGCUGUUGUUGGAUGCAUUCUGGCUGCUGCCGUUAUUGCUGCAGGAGUUGGUUUUUUCAUCUUCUGGAAAAAGAGAAGGAAAGGUGGAAAAAACAACCAGGUGCCAUUUACCCAAUUAGAACCGAGAAAAUCAAAGUUAUUUAAAGUGGAAGACUUUGAGUCUCAUUUUAAGAAACAGAAAGCUGACUCAAACUGUGGAUUUGCAGAAGAGUAUGAGGAGCUCAGGCCUGUUGGUACAAAUCAGCCCAGAUUUGCAGCUGAACUACAAGAGAACAAAGCAAAAAAUAGAUAUAACAAUGUAUUGCCAUAUGAUAUUUCUCGUGUCAGACUUCAGAUCCAAAACCAUCCAACCAAUGAUUACAUUAAUGCAAACUAUAUGCCGGGUUACAAUUCCAAGAAAGAGUUCAUUGCUGCACAAGGCCCUUUGCCCAAUACGGUGCAAGACUUCUGGCGCAUGAUCUGGGAGAAGAAAAUUUAUACCGUUGUUAUGCUGACUAAAUGUAUUGAACAAGGCAGGACAAAAUGUGAGGAAUAUUGGCCAAAUAAACAAUCCAAGAGCUAUGGAGACAUAACAGUAGCCAUGACUUCAGAAAUUCCCCUUCCAGAGUGGACAAUAAGAGAUUUCUCCAUGGAAAAGAGUGAUUCAUCUGAAAGUCACCCCGUGCGACAGUUCCACUUCACAGCCUGGCCAGAUCAUGGUGUCCCGGAAACAACCAACCUCCUCAUUAACUUCAGACACUUAGUACAGGAAUACAUGAAGCAGAACCCUCCAAGUUCUCCUACCUUAGUGCACUGCAGUGCUGGUGUCGGAAGGACGGGGACGUUCAUUGCAAUUGACCAUUUGAUCCAUCAAAUGGAGAUGGAGAACACUGUUGAUGUGUACGGUGCUGUAUAUGAGCUUAGAAUGCAUCGGUCUUUAAUGGUGCAAACAGAGGACCAGUAUGUCUUCCUAAACCAGUGUGUUUUGGACAUUAUCAAAUCCCAGAAAGAUAAGAAAACAGACCUUAUCUAUCAAAACACAAAUGCCAUGGCAAUCUAUGAGAACUUCACCCCGUUGCCACAUAUUGGGAAGGCAAAUGGCUACCAUGCAUAACUGCAAGGGAAUGACAAGCCUCCUACUUCUGCCUUUUACAUAAGUGAGGAGAUAAGCACUGUUUUUGUAUGUCUUUCUAUACAGAGACUUUUUCCACUUUUUAAAAAAGAAUAACUGAAGAUGUACACAUUUUUAAAAAAUGCCAAUGGGAACUAUAGUUUCUACAAUAGUGUUAAAGGGAAAAUACACUGUAUUUUACAGAAGAAUUUGAAGAAGGUGAAGAAGCAUCACAUGAUUGGUGGAUUAUCAUUGAUUAAAUGAUGGGAUCCCUUUUUGAACUUCAGAAAUAAUAAAUGACGCAGAUACUUAAAAUCAGGUGUGAGGGUCACUGUUCCGGAGAUGUCUAUAUGUACAUUUGGCUUCUCGCCAAAAGAAACUUACGUUAUCAGUGACUGCUCAAGUUCUUAUUGUUUUAUUUAAAACGGGAACACAAAAAUUAGCAAAUGGGAUAUUUUAUUAUGUACUUGUGCCUUUUUCUAGCUGUUUUGCUAUAGACAAAAUGAUCAGAGUCCUAUAUUUUUGUAUUGAAAUUCUCGGUUGAAAUAUAACAUUUAAAUAAGAUUAAUAUCAAUUCUCUUUUGAAAUAGCUUUGUUGAUUCUUCCUUCGUGGAGGUGGCAACCCUUUCUUUGUAUUUUACUGCAAGUCUACAAAGACUUUUCCGUAGUGGUAAUUCACUUGAUGGUGUGAGGACUGGAGCAAUCGUGUGACACCUUGGCUGUAUAAAACUGUAUUAAACUGUG